CCAGCCCAUGCUUAGGAAGGGUCAUGGCAGAACCCACACCAGCCCCCUACUCUGCCUUCCGCUCCUUUGGCCAGAUCAAUCACGAUUCUCCUGUGAAUCAGCUGCAAAGCGUGCAGAAUAUGAGCUUGGUGACCUCAGUCAUAGUAACUGAAAUUUUUCUUAGGAAUAGUAAAAGACAGCCUUCUUCAUUCUUUAGGGAUGAGUUUGCUUUAGGUAAAAUCUUCCCAGAAUAUAGAAUAAAUUUCUUCUGGAAAUUUCAAACUACUUUGAGUAUGGCCUCCUCACUGGACCUGGACCCGGACCCACCAUACUUUUCUAUCAGUGUCUUAUUGUUCAUAUUUCUGAAAGAGUAGCUGUACCUCUGCGAGUAGCCCUUGGAAAUUA